AGGUGUCUUCCUCACUUUGCUCCUGCUGCUCUCUACUGAAGCAGAGUAUUGGUGAGUCAGGCUCCAUGGACAAGAAGGUGGUGCUGAUCACAGGCUGCUCUUCGGGAAUCGGCCUCAGCCUGGCUGUCCGUCUGGCAUCUGACCCUGAAAAAACAUUCAAAGUCUAUGCCACAAUGAGGAACCUGGCCAAGAAAGAGCGUCUUUUAGAGUGUGUGAAAGGCCUGCACAAAGACACCUUGGACAUUCUCCAAAUGGAUGUGACGGACCGGCAGUCAAUUCUGGAUGCGAGGGACAGGGUUGUGGAGAAACGACUGGACAUUCUGGUGUGUAAUGCUGGUGUGGGUUUGAUGGGGCCCCUGGAGCUGCAGUCCUCGGACACGAUGAGGCAAAUUUUGGAGGUCAACAUCUUAGGUACCAUCCAGACCAUCCAGGCUUUCCUACCAGAGAUGAAGGCUCAGAGCCAGGGCCGCAUUCUGGUCACGGGCAGCACCGAAGGGCUUCACGGUCUCCCUUUUAAUGAGGUGUACUGUGCCAGUAAAUUUGCAAUAGAGGGAGCAUGUGAGAGUUUGGCCGUCCUCCUGCAAAACUUCAAUAUCCAUGUCAGUCUCAUUGAGUGUGGUCCAGUCAACACAGACUUCCUGGUCAACAUGCAGAAGGCGGAGCUUGGGAAUACUUCUCUCCAACAGGUUGAUACCAAGACAGUCAGCCUCUAUGAAAAAUACCUGCAGCACUGUGACUCUGUUUUCCAAAACGCAGCACAGGACACUGAGGACAUUGUAAAGGUAUUUCUAGAUGCCAUCCAGUCACCCAGCCCCACGUUCAGAUAUUUCACCAGUGGUGGUGUUCCACCUCUAACCCAACUGAAGAUAACAGAGCCAGAUGGCUCACAGUGCGUCCGUGCUAUGAGCAAAAUAAUCUUCUCAGUUGAGGAACAAUAACUGUUACGCAUGCAAAGCUCCACUUCAUGCACUUCCUCCACUCUUGCUCUUCCUUUAUUUUAUGUGUAGAUGUUGAUAUUUUGCUGUUUUAGUUUAGAUUUCUGGGUUAAAGUUGAUGCCCUCUGACUGACUGUUGUUGCUCAACACGAAAGGUCAGUGAGUUCACACAAGGGUGUAACUCAACAUUUCUAUGUUUUGUAUGUCACUUAUCAAAAGUUAUAUUCCUUAUAACAAAAAAGGAUAAAAAUGGAGAUUAUGUUUUAUAUUUUGAGUAAUACAGCAGUUUUAGCAUUCCAGACAUUUGAUUGUGCGCUCACACUCACACUGGGGGGCAUAUUUUCCUUGGGAUGUUUCUGGACACAUUGUUAAGUGAAAACACUCACAAGAAUUUACUUAUGUAAAUUAUAAUUGGCCAUUUUAAGCAAACUCCCAAAAGCAUUGAAAGCAAUGUGCUUGAUUUUUGUAUGAAUGAAUGAUACUGAAAGUUGUCUUUCUUUUCUGUUGUUGGCUUUACCUCUUAUCUUAAAUUUCCCAUAUAGUCAUAAAUGAAUAAAGUGCUUCAAAUGAACUAAA